AUGGAAUUGGACGAACUUAAGGCGGAAGUAUCACGAUUAGCGAAUGCUCUUGAAGAAGCUUCUUCUGAUAAAAUCAAAGCAGCUCAAUAUGGAUUACAAGUUUUAGAUGAGAAACAACAGCUUGAAGUCAAACUUACUCAGCUGCAAACACAAUAUGAUACCGCAAAAGCAGAAGCCGAAGCUACAAAAAAGGCGUUGGCACAGUUUCAAUCACAACAAAAAUCAGUUGCAAAGUCAGACAUCGAUCAUGAAGAAAGUUUGUUGGAAGAGACGAUGAAUCGAGAGCAGGAAUAUCUAGCCAAGAUUGCAGCCUUAGAAACAGAUUUGAAAAAUUGUCAGCAUGUAGUGGACAGGUACCGUACCGAUCUUGACAGAUUGCAGACAUUACAUAUAAAUGCUUCGGAAGCAGCAUCUGAUCUUGACACACAAAAGCGACAGCUCAGGGAAGAUUUAAAAGAAUUUAAAAAUCGUGAACAAAGACUGCUAAAUGAUUAUUCUGAACUGGAAGAGGAAAAUAUUAGCCUUCAGAAACAGUUAUCAAAUUUGCGCAGUGCACAAAUAGAAUUUGAAUCCAUGAAAAUGGAAGUGAAGCGUUUGAUGGAUGAAAACGACCAACUGCAGGCAGACAAAGAAGAAGCCAACAAGUUGACUAUUGUGGCCCAAAAACAUCUUGAGGAUGCUUUAUUGAAUGUGCAGCAAGAACGUGAUCAAAAAUUAGCUUAUAAAAAGGAGCUGGAGUUAAUGCGAAAUGCGGAACAUUUACAGCAGUUGAAUACAAUGCUAUUUGGGUUGCAAAACAAUAAUGAGGAUGACUCUCAAGCACUUAAAGAGUUCGAAUCAUCGUUUAUUGCGGAUUCCAAUGAAUUCAGUAAAAAUAGGCCACCAAAAGGUAUUGAUCUAUUCUCGGAAAUACAUGGUGAUAUGCCGGAACGAUUAGCUGAGCUAGAAACAAAAAAUGAUCAGCUUGCAUUAAAAUUAAAAGAAACGGAAAAGGAUGUCAGUUAUGUUAUUCCUGUUUUGAAGAAACUUGAAGUAAUGAGUACACCAGAUUUAGAUCAUGCUCAACUGAAGCAGCUGUGUGAUGAUGCUUUAAAAAAGAUAGAGCAACUCAUUGAAAGUUCAUCCAAAGCAGGUAUUGGAGGUAAGCAGUACGACCUUAUGAAAGCGGAUUUGCACACUGCAAUUAUGGUUGCAGGUGAAAAUCAAGCAAAACUGGCUUCCGCUCAGGAUUUAAUGAUUGCUGUUGCUGAUUUUUUGUAUCGUUUAUAUCACCAAUUGGUUUCCACACAUGGACUGGAAGCUGACAAAAAUGCGGUCGAAAUAAUGAAAAAACUUAGGCAAUAUGCAAAUGAAAAUGCAGAAAACGAAGGUGUUGAAAGUGGAACAGAAACGGAAAGUGGUCGUUCGCCACGUCUAAUGUUAAACUUGCAGCGGCAAUUCAUAUCGCCGUCCUUUGCGAAAUUUCUUAAUGAAGAGCUAGUUUGUGACCGACUGGAUGAUAUAUUAACAGAAAGCGAUUUUAGAGAAAGAAUAGUUCCUGGUGAAAGUAAUGUAUUUCGAGUAUCAGAUUGCCUUACGGAACUUUCAAAAAUUGUUCGACGCACAGUGGAGAAUGCUCUAAAUACACGAGUAGAAAAUGAGGAUCACCAGGAACUCACUUUACAAAACAUGAAGCUGCGUUCUCUGUUGGCUACGAAAAGGGACCAAAUCGUUACCUUACGUACAGUGCUGAAAUCGAACAAACUUACUGCUGAAUCAGCUCUAGCUUCACUGAAAGAAAAAUAUGAAAGUGAGAAGGGAAUGACACAUGAGCUUUUGGAGAGAUUAAGACGCGAAUUAAAAGCAUUCAAAGAAGAUGCAGCGACAUUUGCGUCUCAUCGAGCAAUGUUUACAGCACGUUGUGAAGAGCUUCAAGCGCAGGCAUGA